AAGGAUGGGGCUUGCGGGGGAAGGGACUCUGCCUUCCGGUCAUCUGCGUGAAAGAUUGAGGGCAGAUCAAGAAUUGCCGGGGGGAGAGGCACACUAGGGAGCCCAAAAAGGAGGCGGAGAGCGCCCAAUCGAACGACUUCCCUCGUUUCCGUUUCCCUCUCUCUCUCGUUUUCUCUCAUUCUCUCGCUCUCUUCCGUUCCAUCUGUUGAAGACUGAAAGGGGAAGAAGAAGAAGGCGAAGAGAAAAGAUAUUGUUCUGUGCCAGGAACGCUUGGGCAAUGGAUAAAGUGGCAGAUGCUCUUUCCACUCGCUCAUUUACGAUCAAGUUAUGGCCUCCAAGCCAGAAAACACGACUGAUGCUGGUUGAGCGUAUGACAAAAAAUCUUUCAUCAGUAUCUAUCUUUUCCAAGAAAUAUGGCCUUUUGACACCUGAAGAGGCUGAAGAGAAUGCCAAGCAAAUUGAGGAUGUGGCAUUUGCUGCUGCCAAUGAACACCAUGAGAAAGAGCCUGAUGGUGAUGGCAGUUCUGCUGUACAACUGUAUGCCAAGGAAUCCAGUAAACUUAUGCUUGAAGUUUUGAAAAGAGGGCCAAAGGGUUCCAAGGACACUCAAGGACCUGAAGUUCCAAGAAGCAUUGAUAACGGAGUUCCUAGAAAAACUGUUUUCGACAUAUCUGGAGGUUCUCGUGCUUUUAUUGAUGGAUCUGAAGCGCAGGAGCUCUUGAGCCCAUUAGCAGAAACAGGGAAUUCAUACACUAAGAUAUGCUUCAGCAACAGAAGCUUUGGAGUUGAUGCUGCCCGUGUUGCCGAACCUAUCCUAAGGUCUCUUAGGGGUCAGCUAACCGAGGUUGAUCUUUCUGAUUUUAUUGCAGGAAGGCCGGAGACUGACGCUCUUGAGGUCAUGUCAAUAUUCUCGUCUUCCCUGGAAGGUUGCCUGCUGAGAUAUCUUGAUCUUUCAAACAACGCUCUUGGUGAGAAGGGUGUUAGGGCAUUUGGAGCGUUACUGCAAUCACAACGGGACUUGGAGGAGCUGUACUUCAUGAACAACGGUAUCUCUGAGGAAGCAGCUCAAGCCAUACGUGAACUCCUUCCAUCCACUGACAAGCUCAAGGUAUUGCACUUCCACAACAAUAUGACUGGGGAUGAUGGUGCUGUGUCCCUUUCUGAGAUUGUCCAAAGUUCUGCUGCCUUGGAAGAUUUCCGGUGUUCUUCCACAAGGGUGGGUUCUGAUGGUGGUAUUGCAUUGGCCAAUGCUUUGUCUGCCUGCAAAAAUAUAAAGAAGUUGGAUCUCCGAGAUAACAUGUUUGGAGUAGAGGCUGGAGUAGCUUUGAGUAAAUCUGUUAGUGUACAUGCAAAUCUUGCAGAACUCUACUUGAGUUACUUGAAUUUGGAAGAUGAGGGGACCAUUGCCAUUUCCAAUGCCCUCAAGGGUUCUACUUCAACGCUUAGGGUACUAGAAUUAGCAGGCAAUGAGAUCACUGUUAAAUCUGCGGGUUCCCUGGCUGCAUGUGUUGCUACCAACCAAUCCCUGGAAAAGUUGAACUUGUCUGAGAAUGAACUAAAGGAUGAAGGAUGCUUGGUGCUUUGUAAAGCGUUGGAAGGAGGUCAUGAUAAUCUAAAGGAACUUGAUUUAAGUUCCAACUCUAUCAGGCGGGUGGGAGCCAAGGUUUCUGCUCAGGCAGUUGCUAACAAGCCUGGUUUUGCACUGCUAAACAUUGAUGGCAAUUUCAUAUCAGAGGAAGGAAUCGAUGAAGUAAAAGAUAUAUUGAAGGCUGGUUCAAACUCAAUUUCUGUGCUUGGACCAUUGGAUGAGAAUGACCCAGAGGGUGGCGACGAGGACGAAGAGGAAGAGGAGUCAUCAAAGGCUGCUGAGGACGGUGAAGCCGAAGCAGGAGAGGAACUAGAGUCCAAGCUUCAGGAUCUUAAAGUAGAGCAGUAGACUGGUUUUUCUUAAGUACCUCCUUCUGGCCUUUUAGAAGCCAUCUUUAUGUUGUUAACUAUCAAUCGAUCAUUGCUGUUGUGAUCAUUAGGUCCUCACAAAUCGAGAUCGUUAGGUCGGUUUUUGUUUCCUACUGAGAAUAUCAUUAAGUAUCAACUCGCAGUAGAUGCUUCGUUUUAAGGAGCCAUAUUAUAUGCGUUUUUCUUCC